AAAGUUGCGUCUUUAUACGACGCAAUCUGAUAAAACUCGCAGUUAAAAUAAAAAAAAAAAAAAAAAAAACACGCGUUGAAUAAUUUUACACAUCAAAAUAGAAAGUUAAAAAUAAAAAGUCUAAUAAUCCCAAUUUAGUUCAAAGUGGCAAAUAUUUUAUAUUUGAGAAGGCGUAUGGCUACAAUUCGAACGUGAUAUUAACCUUAAUUUUGUGAUAUCUGCUCAGAAUCUCGAAAACGAGCAGCAUGGCUAAAAUUGUUGAAUCAUUAAAAAGAUUAAGUGUUGAACACGGUGCACGUAAGCAUGAUGACAAUCGAACCAUCAAAAGAAAAAGCGAAUUAAUAUCGUCGAUUGAAGAAGCAGUAUCUCUUGAUCAUAAUUAUAUUCUUGCUAUCUGUGGAACUCAAAGUGAUCCAGAAUUUAGAAUUGGUACAGCCUUAUCCAACCAUACAUGUAUGAUAUAUUCUGUUGGGGAAAGCUUAAACAAAACUGCCACAUUAACUCAUAAUCAAACACCUAUUGUCGGUAUUAGGUUUAGCCCUACUUCUAGAAAUAUUUUAUAUACAGCUACAAACAAUGGAGAAAUUACAGCAUGCGACUUGAGAGCUAAAGGCAAAGUUGUUGCAAGGUUUAAAGAUAUUACAGAAGAUGGCAAAACUAAACCUCUCUGUAGUUUUGAUGUUAGUUGCGAUGAAAAGCUUAUAGCAGGUGGUACUGAACAUAUUGGAGGAGAUACAUUUAUUUUAUUUUGGGAUGCACGAUAUACUAGUUCAAAAUUGGGUGACAAAAAUAAUCUCCUUGGUGGAUACUGGGAAUCUCACGUGGAAGAUGUAACCUCUUUGGCAUUUCAUUCUAGUAAGCAGGACAUCUUAGCAUCUGGUAGUACAGAUGGAUUGAUUAAUGUCUUUGACCUUACACAGCCAUCGGAAGAUUCCGCAUUAACUUAUUCCUUAAACACUGAAUCAUCAGUGGAUAGGAUAGGUUGGUUAAAUGACGACAACCUUUGGUGCACAACACAUAAUUCACUGCAACUUUGGGACCAUGAUGGAGCAACACCAUAUGCUAAAUUUGACCGCAGUAAUUUAGUAGUUUCUCAGAAUGUUGAUCCAGAUGAUUGUUACAUAGUCAAAUUUCAUGCUUCAAAUGCACUUGGACAACCGUUUCUUCUUGCAGGUGUCAGUAAUGUUAAAGGGGUAAACUUGAGAUGUUUAAAUGUUAUAAAUGACCAAUUAGAAACAUGUUACAAUAUGAUAGGGAAUAAGCAAAUAGUACGUGAUAGCUGGCUACAUGAAAAGAGCGGUUCUUUGAUAACGGUAGGUGAAGGUGGACUUAUAAACAUUUGGAGGACUACUGAAACUAUACCCGUUCAACAAAAUUCUAGCCAUAAAUUGGUGGCGAAAAUUGGUACUGGUAAAGUACGUGAUCGCCAGCAUAGAACCAAACCAUAUUAAAGUAAAAGUGAUAGGAUAAAAAUUUGUAAAUGCAAAGAAAGUUUUUGUAAGUAAAUAUAAUAAACAGAAGAGAAAUA